AUGGGUUCAGAUACGAGUAAAACACACUGCUCUGUAGAAAACAGUCUCAAUCUCACCACGCAUUCCGAAGCUAGAGAUUUCAUUCUUGACCCACUGGUCAUCACCCUGACUCAGUACCUGCUACCAGUCAUCUUACUCGUUGGUCUGGUAGGCAAUGCCGCGUUCCUCUUCGUAGUUUACCGCAUCCCGAGCAUGAGGACGGUGACCAACUAUUACCUUGCUAACCUUGCCGUUGCGGACUCAGUGUUCCUAUCCAUUGUGGUUGUCACAAGGAUCUAUCAGCUGGGAGUUUACGGUGAAGUUCCCACUGCUCACCUGGGAUUGGCUGGUUGUAUUUCAAAUACUAUCUUCAACUACUCGUUCCAUUUUGCGGGGAUGAUCCUUAUAACAUUGAUGUCACUGGAGCGUUUUCUAGCCGUAUGUCAUCCUCUUCGACACCGUUUGAUCAGUGGGCGUAGACGCACUAUCAGGAUGAUUGUAGCCUGCUGGAUUCUGGCAGUAUUUCUAACAUCAUUCCAGAUUCCAACUUCCAUGAUCUUCGACCGUCUUUGCAUCCAAUGGCCUGCCUCUGAAGAGUACGCUAACCUCCCUGAUGUUAUUGGAAAAUGUUCGGCUCUAGACAAGCCAUGGGUUAUCCCUAUGUUCCACUCGGCUCAGACUCUUCCAUUCUUCGUGGCAUUCUUUGGGAGUUUUUAUUUCUACGUCUCAAUCGUCAUCAGAUUGAAUAAGAGAAACUCAUCAAGCGACCGUCAGCAGGUAAUACGUACCCGUAACCACGUGGCCUUCAUGCUGAUCGUUAAUGGGACAGUCUUCUUUUUGACACUCUCUCCUUUUGAAGUCACCUCCAUGAUACUCUUCGUCGAAGGGUUCAUGGAUGACGUCAUUCUGAUCCCUUACGAUAUCAGGGGGUUGUUAUUUGAGGUAAAUCGCAUUUUGUUGUUCAUCAAUUCUGCCAUUAAUCCCAUAGUGUACACGGUUACCAACGCUAGAUAUAGACGUGCCUUCAAGAGAGCCUUUACGCCGGCUUCAUGGAGCAACGGACGGCCGCGCCAUUCCACGAUUUUCAGUACUUUCCCGGAGUAUUGCUCUAAAUACCACAUGCAUAUGGGAGGUUUAUCGCAUGGUCCCCCAUCCCCACCACCAUCAAAGAGCCCAAUGGUUGCUAGACCCGCUACAUACUCUAACACAUGUUUCAAUGAUGACUUUUCAAUUGAUAUCUUAAACAAUGAUAUUCAAGGAACAAUGGAAACGUUACAAGAAAGUCAACUCGACAAUUCAGAGCUUCAACAAGUCAAAUAA